CCUAGCAUCCCAAAGAUGCUUGGUCUAGAAGGGCAGGACAUUCACCAGAGCAACCUUGGAUGGUCUCCUAUUUAUCUGGAGUCCAACCUUGGGGUCAUGUCAAUCGGGUUCAUGCUCCCCCACCCAGAUGAAGCUGUUAUAUGGAAGGGGGCCCCGCAAGAAUGGGUUAAUUAAGCAAUUUUUGAAGGAUGUCUACUGGGGGGAACUUGACUAUCUAGUGGUGGAUGCCCCUCCUGGGAUCUCUGAGGAGCAUAUCUCAAUUGUCCAACUUCUUCAGGUGACGGGCAUUGAUGGUGCGAUCAUUGUCACAACUCCACAGGAGGUCUCACUGAUUGAUGUGCGAAAGGAAGUGAGCUUUUGUAAGAAAGUUGGGGUACCCGUGCUUGGGGUGGUUGAGAACAUGAGUGGGUUGCAACAGCCAUUGACAGAUUUCAGGUUUAUGAAGGUUACUGAGAUUGGGGAGGAGACAGAUGUGACAGAGUGGGCAUUACAAUACAUGAGAGAGAAGGCACCAGAAAUGCUAGAUUUGGUGGUUAGAGGAGAGGUGUUUGACAGUAGCAAGGGUGGUGCGGCAAAGAUGUGCAUGGAGAUGGAUGUACCCUUCCUUGGGAUGGUGCCCAUGGACCCCCAGUUGUGCAAAGCAGCUGAGGAAGGGCGGUCGUGCUUUGCUGAUAAAAAAUGUGUGGCCAGUGCACCUGCUCUGAAGAGAAUCAUACAAAAUCUGGUGGCAACCUGGGCAGUUGAAACCUCUGUGGAUGAUAGUGCAUAGGCAAGAUCAUAGACA